AUGGAUCUACUUAAUAAAGGAACGGACGAGGUCACGGCGCAGCGCCUAGACGGCACGAUUUGCAAAGCCCGAUACCGCCAGCCCCAGAAUCAAUCGGCAUUGGGCCAAGCUAAAUUUGUGUGGGACUAUCAGCACUACCCGUGGCUGGUCAAACUGUCCAAGCUGAGUCCCAAAUGGCGCAGGGUCUGGCUCAAGGCGCGGCCUUGGGAUGACGUCAUUUACCAUCAGGCGGCCACUCGCUUCCAGCGAUAUCUCAACGGGGAGGAACUGGAAGAUUUCUACUCGAGCCUCAUGGAAGACAAGCAAAAGAAGCCCAGCAACUUGGAAUGGGGCAAAAACGUGGCCGAGUACUGGAGCUGCUGCUACAAAACCCACAACAUCUUCAGACGCUACAAGAGGAGGUCGACGCUGUUCUCGAUGGGGACGAAGUUGUCGCAGCGCAUGACAGUCAAAAACCUUCCCUUCCUCCGAGCCUGCCUCGACGAAGCUCUUCGGAUCCUGCCGCCCACGUCGGCUGGCCUACCGCGACGUACGCCCCCCGAAGGCGCUCAGAUCAUGGAUGAAUGGAUUCCUGGGGAUACGAGUGUUUCCACGACUACCUACGCAACCCACCGCGAGCCCAAGAUCUUCCCUGAUCCCGAGAACUAUCGACCCGAGCGAUGGCUCAAUGUCGAGGCUCGGAAGCGCAUGGAGCCCUAUUUCAUUCCCUUCUCAGCGGGUGCUCGCGGGUGCAUUGGGCGCAAUAUUUCCUAUCUAGAACAGGCAAUGGUGCUGGCUUCGUUAGUCCAUCGGUAUGAGUUUGCGCUUCCUUCUCCGGAGUGGGAACUAGCUCGCCACGAGGCUUUCAAUUUGAUUGUUGGGGAAAUGCCGGUUACGAUUUGGCGGCGCCAGAUGGGGGCUACCUGA